GCUUUUUAAUUUGCCAGGAAAAGUUUCAAUUUAAAAUUCCUUUUUAAGAGGUAUACCGUGUAUAAUCCGCCAACUCCGUGAAAAAAAACACUUAAUAUCCUUAUAUCCAUAUCGUCAAUAUAUCGGUUAUUUCAAACUUUUAUUAUCAGAGCGCUGUCUGUGAUGAACCAUUUGGGGGUAUGACAAGAAGAAAAAACCCAUUUAUUAGUGGACCAUGAUGUACUAUCAUCCGAUAAAGCCGUGAUGGAUCCUUCAACUCUGUGAAAUUUAAAAAGCGCGUUUUCUUGCUUUCUGAUGACUAACAAAAAUAAUUUAAAAAUUAAAAUAUAUUCAUUAGAAAACAUUUUCGACUCAUUGGGCCCUGACAAAAGGUAUAACAUGACCUUAAUUAUAAUCAAUUAACUGAUUAACAAUAUAUAUAUCAAAAAUGACCACCGUCGCACUUGACUUAAAAAUCACAAAAAGGUAUAGCUGGCUGAACUUACCGUUAAAUUUUCGUCAUGCGCAAGUUCAGACACCCCUAAAAUGAUUAAAUUGUAGUAUCAAACCCCGAAUUGAAUUCAUUCAUUAAAAAUUGUAGACAGAGCUGUGGUAAGUUGUAGGCUUUGAAAGCAGUUUCAUGGAGUUAUCGGAUUCACGGAGUUGGCGGAUAAUACGCUAUACAGUUUAAAAUUUUCUAUGUCUUCCACAAUUGUUCUAACAUUGGUUAUGUAUGGUCAUAGAUUGGGCAAUCGACUCUUCAGACUAACCACCCAUAUGUCACUGUCAAAAGAUUGGACGCGUUCCAAGAUUGGACAGAACACUGCCAUUGAUACGAUUCUCUCACUCUGCUAUGGUUCACUUCUCUUUGAAAAACGACAUCUUUUCUCUAUCAAAAUAUCCCCUUUGUUCCUGCAAGAUCUUCUCUUUCAUUUGAAACAUUUCUCUUCCAAAGUGUGAAACACUUCUUUUCCAUGAACUCAAAAAAUUCCCAGAUCCAAUUUUGGUCUGAGAUAUUGAUUGAGCUGGAUUUUGAUAGCUUCUGUUUUUGAAUCAAAGACCAUACCAGGUCAUGACAAAGAUUAAGUGUAUUUCAUGCCAGCAAUUUAUAAUUUGUUUUACAUGAACAACAGUUAAGAGAGAAAACGAGAGCAAAAUUUUUGUAAAUUUAACUUAUAGAAAACUUAAAAAUUGCAAAAAAAACUCCAUUUGAAAAUUUUUGCUAUUGUGGCUGAAGAGUUUUUUCAAUGUGAAUCAAAAAGGUUGCAAAAGAAUUAUCAACAACUUACCAUGCUGAUCUAUGUUGAGAGUAAAGUGUUUCCCAACAAAACAUUUGUUUUGUUGGUCAACCAAUUGGACACCAUUGCGCGGGCUCGUGCUCAGAUGUUGCAUACACUGUAUGAACUUGGAAAAUCAGAUCAUCAAUUCAGAUUCAGAUUUAAAGGAAUUUACUUAAGAGAUGCAUACACGUUCGAGGAUUACAAAAUUCUGGACAGCUCAGUUAUUAAAAUGGUACCAAUGGCUAAAUCGAGGCGAGAGAUUUUACUUGAUUCUAACGAUUCACAACUGCAUACACUGGAUGAGCUUGACAAGAUAGCAAAAAAGAAAAAACAAAAGCAGAAAGAAAAUCUAAUUGAUGAAGUUCAACUUGCAUUGUUAAAAGAAGUCACUAUUUUUAACAGAAGAGAAAAGCUGAUUGCAAUUUUUAGGGUGUUGCUGUGGAUUCAUUUUCUUGGUAUGCUUUUGUCAUUACUUACAGUGUAUCCAUAUGCUGCACUAUGGACAGGUAUCAUUGUGAUUUAUGGAUUUUCGUAUUGUCCGAACUACACUCGAAUUGGAGGCUACGUUGGAGUAACAAACAUUAGUAAAGAAUAUUUUCUCAUCACCUUCUGUGUUGGUAUGUUGCUUAACCUUGCUGCGUCUAUUGUGAUGGGUGUCUUCUUGCUACAAGAUGCUAUUAAUCAUGGCUGUGCUGAAUUCAAAGGAGACUGUUCUCAUAUGAAUGUGUGGUCAGUUAUUCUGUAUUUUGGCCAUUCUGUGUUUUUACUUGCGACAAUGGUGUUAAUAGGAUUUAUGUACUGGAACUUUAAAGUUGAGGUUGGAGACAUUAUUGAAUUCUUUCUGGUGCAAAACAAAGAUGUAACUAAAGUACUUCGUCUUGCAAAAGUUGGAAGGUUGAAAGAACGCAGAAAUGCAGCUUUUGAACUGGCCAGUCUUGCUGCUACUGGCUACGACGCAAAAAAUAAGAUUGUGGAGAAUGAGGGAUUGCAAGUGCUGAUGAAUUUGGCUCUUUGUCCAGAUGAAACAACGCAGGAAUAUGCAACAGAAGCGCUUGCUGAACUACUUACAGUAUCAAAUAUACAAGACCAGUUCAUUGAACUCGGAGGUGCAAGAACAUUGUGUGCUUUGUUGCAUAGCAACAGUGAACGUUUAAUGAAUGAAGCUGUCAUGGCUAUUUCGUAUAUUGUGGCGGAUAGUGAGAGCAACAAACAUGCAAUCGUUGCUGAAGAUGGUCUGUACGAUCUAUCAUCUGCUGCUAAAAAAGCUUCUACACAAUCGGGUCAAAUCAUUGCUGGCAUAUAUCUGGAACUGUCAUUUAGUCCAGAAAUCAGACCAACACUAGCCUCGGAUUCUCAUUCAGCUUCAGCACUUGUUCAUCUUUGCAAGUCACGUGAUGACGAAACGAAAAGACUUUCCCUACAAACGUUGGAAUUGCUUGCCAUUGAAAAUCCUGAUUUUGUUAUUAAAAGAGAAGAUUUGCAAGACUAUUUGAUUCAUGUUCCGAUAUCAACACCAGAUGAUCAGUUAUGUUUGCUGGCUGGGAAAAUUUUGUUAUAUUAUGCCGAAACUGAAGCAACUUGCAAGAAGCUGAUUUCCUCUCCAGAUCUUAAAGAAUCGUUACUUCAGUUUUCUUACAGUCCGGAUCCCGUACUGCAAAGUGUAGUGGCAAAGAUAAUACUGGCCAUAUUGGAUAACACAGAAAACAGACAAGAAGUACUUUCUAUUGGUAUUAUUGAGGUGCUCGCUUAUCUCCAUGACAACUGCCUUGAUCGCGAGACUUGGGAAAUGGCGGAGAAAGCUAUUGAUACUCUGCACGGUAUAACAAUGACGUUGAAGAAAAGCCGAUCGAGCGUUUCGAGUAAAACCAACAGCUCAUCUGAGGCUAGCACGUCAAGAGCUUCGAGAUCUUCCACCAUGAAGAAACCUUUAAUUAGUUGAAUACAUCCUCUCAACCAAUCAAACUAACCAUCGUUGAUCCUCUCAGCCAAUUAAAUCAAACAUGACUGAUCUCGGCCAAUCAAAUUAAGCAUUAUUAAUGACUGUUUUGAAAGAAUGUUCAGUUCAUUCACUUUUUCAUUUUUAUAAUUUCUACACACUCAUUACCUUGAAUUGAUUAAUUUUUUGCAAACAUAAAUUUUCGCGAAUUUGGCGAAUUUUAUUUAUAUUUGCGAAAAUAUAACUGCGUGAAAAUUCUCCAAAAUUCGUUAAAAUUGACUUUGGGAAGCUUUUUGAAAAACAGAAAAAAUAUUUUUUCGUCAAUUUUCUUUUUUGUCAAUUUUCUUUUUCGUCAAUUUUCUUUUUCGUCAAUUUUCUUUUUUGUUAAUUUUCUUUUUCGUCAAUUUUCUUUUUCGUUAAUUUUCUUUUUCGUAGUUCAAAUUGCGAGAAAGUAAUACAUUAAUGAAAAUUCUUUUAAAAAAACCUGAAAUGGUUCAUUCGCGAAAUGCAUUUUUAGCGAAAACAAGACUUCGCGAAAGUUAAUCAAUUGAAAAUAUUCUUUCCAGCGUGUGUCAACAUUCUGUAGAACGCGAUGACAGUGGUUAUAUUUCUCAUUAGCAGAUCACGGAGGUGGUAUAGACGAGCAAGGAUUGUUUUUCUUAAAGUGUUGUGGUACAAAAUUUUCUAAUAUUUCAGAGUUUGGUUUAAAGAUUGUUUAUUUAUCUUUUUCGUUUCAAUCACGUGAUAUUUACCUUAAGGCCUUUUAAUCACAAUAAUAAGUUCCGCAAAAAUUUCUUCUCACAAAAAUCUCUAUCCUAAAGUUACCACGAAAUAUGCAAACAAAAACUUCUUUAAACUUUAUUUUUCUAUAUCUACACGAAUUUUUUUUUACUCUCUGCCUGAUGGCUACCUUAAUGGAUAAAAUUUCUCUCGGAUUUAAUUUCGCGGUUAAGCCCUUCCUGGGAAAAUUCACGUGGAUUUAAUUUCGCGUUUUUCGCAAAAACUUAAUCCACGCGAAAUUUUAACCACUAAAGGUACUCCAUCUUUGAAUGUCCUAUUUACUAACGAUUCUCAUUCACAUUUUUUUCGAAAGUAUGGAUUUGUUUUAUUUGAUACUCAACUAAGGAAUUGUGAGAAUGUAAACGCGAGAUUUUUAUUUUUAAUUUCUCUUCUUUUCAUAUUGUAAAUAUAAUGUGAUUUUUACAGCUGUUUAUUUUUGAAACGUUUAUCCGUUUGUGUACAUAUUGUAUGAACUGUUUGAGAUGUCUAAUAUAUUCUUAUAAUUAAAUGAAAGCAGAUAUUUA